GUCUGCAGAGCAUUCCCCGCUAGCGCCUUCGCUCUUGGGCACCUGGAGUUAUUCUGGUUGACUGCGAUUACUGAAGCCCCGGCAGCGAACCGAGGGUUUCGCUCAGAUCUGCCUGGAUACCUCUACCUCAUCUGUAGCUGUGAUCCUGAUGGUGCGGCAGGCUGUGGUUUCCUAAAGCUCUGGAGCGAAUUUAUGAAGAUUUUAUUCAUGUACAUGACAUAGAAGAUGAAUUCUUCCUCCUCCACCAUGAAUGAAGAACCUGAUGCUCUGUCAGUAGUUAACCAGCUWCGAGAUUUGGCAGCAGAUCCACUGAAUAGAAGAGCCAUUGUUCAAGAUCAGGGAUGUUUGCCUGGCCUUAUUUUAUUUAUGGACCACCCAAACCCCUCUGUUGUCCACUCAGCUUUGCUUGCUCUUCGAUACUUGGCGGAAUGUCGUGCCAACAGAGAAAAGAUGAAAGGAGAAUUGGGUAUGAUGUUAAGCUUGCAAAAUGUUAUACAGAAGACUACAACUCCAGGAGAAACAAAGCUUCUGGCCUCUGAAAUCUAUGACAUUCUUCAGUCCUCCAAUAUGGCAGAUGGUGAUAGUUUUAAUGAAGUGAAUUCACGUCGAAGGAAAGCGCAGUUUUUUCUGGGGACUACAAACAAACGUGCCAAAACAGUGGUUUUGCACAUAGAUGGUCUUGAUGAUACGUCUCGAAGAAAUCUAUGUGAAGAGGCUUUGUUAAAAAUUAAAGGCGUUAUUAGCUUCACUUUUCAAAUGGCUGUUCAAAGAUGUGUGGUACGAAUUCGUUCAGAUUUGAAAGCAGAGGCUUUGGCAUCAGCAAUAGCAUCAACCAAGGUUAUGAAAGCUCAGCAAGUUGUGAAAAGUGAAAGUGGGGAAGAGAUGCUGGUCCCAUUCCAAGAUACUCCUGUGGAAGUAGAAGAGAACACAGAAUUGCCUGACUACUUGCCUGAGGAUGAAAGUCCCACUAAAGAGCAGGACAAAGCAGUAUCCCGGGUGGGCUCACACCCAGAGGGUGGAGCUAGCUGGUUGAGCACAGCUGCAAACUUUUUAUCCAGAUCAUUUUAUUGGUGACUUCAACUUCAAUUUGGGGCUCAAGGACUGUGCAAACCAACAAGGGGCCAGUUUUCCAUUGUUGUGGUGAACUGUCAAGUGCAAUUUGCAAUAAGUUAUCAUGAAAAGUUUUUAGAUUACAUGAUUGUGUAUGCUGCAUUUUACAUUYUAUUGGACAUUUUACCCCACUGAGUGGUAAAAAGGACAGAGGCUACAGUUGAAAUUUGUUUAUGAAGGUAUUUUGGUUUUGCUUUUCUUUGUUUAAUUGCCUCACUUUUUUAAAAAAAACAAAAUGGGUCCACUGUUAAAACCAAACGUGUAUGUAUGUGCAGCUUUACAUUUUAUUUUACAUGAAGCAYGUGAUUAGGAAAACUUGUUUUCUCCUCAAGCCUCAGGAUCUAUCAGAAGAGAAGUUUUUUCAUAGCUCAAGUUGUGCAUGAAUUACUGAACAUUUUUCUCUACUUUUCUUCAUGAGAUACAUGCUUUGGUACUCUUCACUGAAAGUUGAAAAUAUUUCUUCUUAUCCCCUUUUGUGCCUUUUUAUUUUGCAACCAUGUUUUUAGAAACGAUAUUACUAAUGACAUUUUACAAAUUGAAAUAUUUUAAUUUGAAUAUAGUAGUUCCCUAAAAAUACAAUUCUACAAAAACUUUGCAAUUUUAUUUGUUAUAAUUUUAAUAAAAUUAACAUGGAAUCAGUUAAGAAGGAAACAUAUAUAGUACCAACGUGCUUUUGGAACUGUUUGAAUGUGACCAAAUGUGGUUCUAGUUGACUAGUGUUCACUUUGGUUUAUAUCAGCUCUUCAGAUAAAUCCACCAUGAGACUGCAAGAAACUGUAAAUGGUCUCUCAACCUUACUUUCUGAUUACACACUAUCUCCUGCUAGGGGAAAAWAUAAUAAUAGUGAAGAACUGACAAACUUGAAAAAAGAAAACAAAAAUUGAAUGCCUAUAAUGCCGUAGUGCCACUUUGGUAGAGUCUUAACUUUAAAACAUGAAUUGCCUGGCAGAAACCUGUUCAGUAGGUAUUUCUUUGUAUUGCCUUUGUGAGUUUAUUAUGAAAAUGCUGCAGUCACAUUGAAUGAAAAAGACCCAAAUUAUU